AUGAUGUUCUCACCUGCCUCUUAUGAAGCAGACUUUCCUCCUUUAGCACAACAGACAGACCAGCAGACCAAAAUCUCCACCAGACCUUUCAUUCACUCAACUAAGGUUGAUAGUGAAGGUCAGAUAACCCCGAUCACUCAAGCUGAAGAAGUUUUGAACUGGCAAACCAAGAAUGCUACUGUCCAGAAUAAGGCGCUGCAGCGUAUUGAUUCCAAGAUUGAUCAAGUCCUCACCAGGACUCAGCAUGUUGAUCAAAAGAUUGACUCCUUCACUGUUUUUGCCCAAAACAUGUAUAAAGACUUACAAGGCAGAAUUACCCAGCUUGAUAGAGAUCUGAAGGCUUUAAUCCAACAACGGAGAUUUGGUGUAGAAUUUAACCAAAAGGAACAGGAAAUAAGAAGGCUGAAAAAACAAUUAGCCCAAGUUGAAGCAGACUUGCACAAACCCACAGAAGCUCCGGUCUCUUACAACCCAUUCAGCCCUUUCUCUGCUCAAACAACUCCUAACCCUUUUCUUCCUACUCCUGAACCUGCUUACUCUCCUUUUGGACCUUUUAACUAUUCAUAUGAACCAUCUCCAACCACGUAUCACCCAUCUCCUUUGUUCAGAUCUACCCCAACUCCAACACCUACCAGAUAUGAGCCAAAGAGUCCAUCUUCCUCGGAAGAAUCCCAUCCUCCGAAAAGGAAAAUUGAUAAAGGGAAGGAUAAGAUGUAUCAUGAUCCUCCUCCUCAGCACAUGGUGUCUAUACCCUCUGAACCAGAACCAGAAGAAGAUUCUUCUGAUGAUUAG